AUGGUCGAGGAUGGGUUUCUCGCGAACGCAUCUUGGCCCGCCCUAGAGUCACUUCACAAUGCAUUGGAAGAUAUUGCAAGUAUGCAGGAAGCCAAGAUCCGGCAGGACCCGCCCGCUAUGGAUAACUUCACCCAACUUUGGCGAGAUUACUUUCAGGCCCUAUAUGGCGACGAUCUUGAUAAGAACGACUUUACUCGGAAGAUGAACGAGAAGCGCCCUGAUCUUAGUGUGGAGAUAGUUCUCUGUACAGAUAUCUACCUAGAUGUACAAAAUCUUAUACCCGCCACCGAUCCAAACCUCAUACCGGACGAUUACAAAAGAAACUGGUCAAGCAAGAACUCCCGCGAAAGCUCGGAUCAAAGCGAUCACGGUGACAUAAUGAACAGGUUGAGGCAAUCUCCGUUUACUUCGAAGCAUAUUCGUCAAGGACUCAAUUCCUUCCUUCGAAACGAAUCAGAAACAACGACGGUUGUCAGGGAUUGGCUCGUGGGAGAUAGGUUCUGGAAUCGGCGUGCCUUGGUCAAGAGGAUAUUAACGAGGAAGGGGCCAACGAAGGAGGAAGGGGCCAACGAUGGAAAGGUGAUCAAUGGUGUCUCCACUUGGGACUGGCCCCGUUACAACCCGUUCCUUGCUGGCAUGAUAGCUUUUGUUACCGCUCAAGCCGUCCAUGAGUUCAACAUGGUAUUUCAAAAUUACGCUGGCUAUCCGGUAGCAUACGCGCACUUCUACAACUAUCUGCGACAAGCCCAUAGUGUGUCUUUCUUGACACCUCGCACACCUGUACUGGACCAAGAGUGGCCGGAUAUGGAAGCUUUCCUCAAAAUCAUGGGGGACAGGAGUAUAUUUGGUGGUGAUCGCCCAGCAAAUCUACAACAAUGUUUCCAACGUACACUAUUAUCACACGGUAUCCCUCUUUCAGCAUUUUCCCGAGGAAACCAUCGCAAAGAUUCACUUCCUAUCUCAAAACCCAAGCUCAAAGCCCUCAGCACGCCCAUCAUUGACGUGCUCUUCGAAGACGGUAUAAAUCGCCGCGGUUUUCUAAACAUCGCUCAAAAGAAAAUCCAAGACGUUAUUCGACGCGAGGCGGAUCGUCAUGUCAAUGACAACCACGAAGACGGCGCUGACCUCAAAUUACGCGACCUAAUCGGAUUUUUGAUAGCAUUUCGUCGCACCAUUCAGUACGAAAUACCCAAACUGCAUUUUGCGCAUAACCUGGUCUUUAUGCAGACGUGGAACAUCAACUUGAGGAUACACGAAGCGCUGAAAGAUGACCUGGAAAGGCAGCACGACGCCCUUUUCCUAGACACUCUAACCUGGAAAAAUGACCCCUCUAUUCCGUUGAACAUCAUGCUUUACGAGAAACUCUAUCAAGAGCAAACCACCGGCAACGAAAUGUCAACGACGAAAGUGUACUCAGAUCCUGUAUACAAAGCCGCCAGCAUUAUAAGAGACGAAAUAGAAAACGGUCUCAACAGAGUCACGCCAUGCACGAAACGCAUGGAGAUUCUAGCAAGCCAACUCAAGUUCACCAACCCCCUCUGCAAAGCCCAACAAGACUUCCACGCCAAAGAAUGGUCAGUAUGGAUGGGUGUCGACAAUAACCUCGUACGAGGCUCCAUCAAAAAGGUUGUCUUCCAAGAAGGCGCAACGUGGCUGCACCUCCCACUCUCAUUCCGCGAGUUCCACGCCUGUCCCCCUGCCGCGGACACACUUCCAGGUCUGCCAGAUGCCGGCCCGGACAGUCAAAAUGGCUCUGUAGCCAAAUUUACAACCAGAAUAAGGGAUAACCGUGCCGAUGGAGAGUUUAGAUGGGUGGUCAGCACUUUGUACCAGGCUAUGCAUCCUGCAGGUGCGCAUGUGCCUCGGGAGACAAGGGCUGAGAGGAUACGAGAAGGGCUUGCUGGGCUGGGCAAGCUUGCAGAGGAUCACCAUGUGUCGGAGGAGCAUCAUAGGAAGAUGGUUUCGCUUGUUGAGAAAUGUCUUGAAGACUUGAUGCGUGAGGGGCAGGUGGGUGAGGACAAGACGGACAAGAUAAUCGAGGCAGCGCCGUAG